AUGAUGAUUGGCGCACAGUGGAUUGCUAUAUGUUCUUUGGUGGUAUUCCAUCAGGGAUCGGCCAUAUUUUUGGAGAAUAAUUGUGGAGUCGCUGACUUAUCGGUAAAUCUCUCUCCUUGGCUAGCUAUUAUUCAAAGUAAGAUCAACACUAAGUUUGUAUGUACUGGAACACUUAUUAACAAGCGAUAUGUCCUGACGACAGCGAGUUGCUUGGUCAACCAACACGAAUUAUUCGUUUGUUUGGGAAAGUGCGACCGAUCCUUGAAAAAUAAUAGCUAUGAAAAAAUCGAUGCUCAACUGGUCCACGUUCAUGAGUCAUAUUUAUCAAGCACUCAUCAAAAUGAUAUAGGUUUGCUUAGGUUACAGACGGAUGUCGAGUACAAGAAACAUAUAAAAGCGAUAUGCAUUGUAGUAAGUCCCCAACAGAUUUGGCCUAAAUCAAUACCGAUUAGCUUGUGGUCCGGGAUAAAAUCCAUACCAAAAUCAUUUGACUCCUCAUGUGGAGGUUUACCAUGCAAGUCUAUUGGCAAUCCUCUGAGCAUACCAUCAAAAGGUCCCCAAAAGGUCCAACAUGGAAUUCUAAGCUAUCGAAAUGCUACAACGUUUGCCUUUGUUUACACAAACGUUAUGGUCUAUGCCGACUGGAUUGUACCACGCGCUCUGGAUUUUGAUAUUGUAUUAAAUUAUUAA